AUGGCCGGGCAUUUUGAGUCCGAGCUAUGCCAAGUGUUGUUGGAAGAGCACUUUGGCAAGACUGUUAGUAUUGUUGGUGCGGCGCUUUUAAGAGAAGCCGGUCCGCUUCCAGCCAUUAUGCUUCGUCUCAGAGGACAAGUGAAGUUCAACACGGUUCGCAAAUCAUUAGCCAUUCUUAUACAACAUUCUAUUGUGAGCUUCAAACUCGACUCAGCUAUGCGCACAUUUUAUUCUAUAGAUCGAAGUUCAAUACUAGCAUUUUCCAAGGCCCCCAGAUGCUGCCUUAUUGUAAAAACGCUUUAUGGUGGUCUGGCCGAGGCAAUAUGCGAGGAAUUAUUCAGCUAUGGGCGUCUGACCUGCUCAGAUUGCAUUCGCAAAGUUUCCCAACGACUCGAGCAGCCCUUGAAUGAUGUGAAAGAGAAGUUCUGUCGCUUAACGGAAUCGCAGUUCAUUAUCAAAUGCCCACCUGUAGUUUCUUCUCUGAAAGGUUGUCCUCAGUUUGAGACUUCUUACGACCCGUACAUCAUGCCGGAAGUAAUUUUACAAGGGUCACCCGACGAUGCAGGAGAAUCGAGAAAACGAAAACAGCCUGAACCCGAGGGAGAUGAAGGCAUCUACUGGCGUAUGAAUUGGAUGCGAUUUGACCGUUAUAUUCGCGACGAAAUGACUCUGGACCUCCUUGUACCCAAGAGCUUGGAGAAGACGUCGCAGACAUUAACUCGAACAGUGCGUUCAUUGCUGAAAGCUAACGAAAUCCGAACAUUGCCGCUGACGACGAUCAAUACAGCACCAAUCUCGCUUUUUGAUAUUAUGCGAUGCGUGAAGGAGAACGAACUAGAACUUGAACGACCAGAUGUUGAGAAGGCUUUGCGAAUUUUGGUAGACGAGUCUCGGGGAGUUGUACGAAAAUCUGGAGAUAGUGGCGGUGGACUAUUCGUAAUAGAUUUUGAACGAGCUGUUGAACAGAUCUGCCAGUUUCACAUAGAAUCCCUGAUUCGCGAGCAGCUGGAGUCACGAGCCGUGAGAAUCUUUCGUCUUCUGCAGCAAAGAGGGCAUCUUGAAGAAGAUCAAAUCGAGAAACUGACAAUGAUGAGUGGCAAAGAGACGCGGGAGCUUCUCUACGCUAUGUUAGAAGAGGGAUAUGUUAGCACAAAGCCUAUUGGUCGCACGAACGAUUUUGCACCAGCUCGAACGUUUGUUCUUUAUUAUGUGGAUAUGCCUCAAACCGUGCGAGGUUUGGUGGAGUAUACCUGUAAGGUGCUCCGAAAUAUCAUUUUGCGAAGAUCAUUCGAAGCUAAGGAGCAUCGUCAGCUGACUGACCGUCAAGUCAAGAUGGAAUCCAUCAUUGAAACUAUCAAUGCUGAUGAAGCCCUUGAUGAAGAGACAAAAAAACAACAGAUAGCCGAAGUAGAAGAGAUGUAUAUGUCAUCUGCCGAUCGCUUGACUCUGGAGCGAUAUCGUCGCGCGCAAACGAUGCUCAACGCAGCGGAAACAGAAAGUGAGAGAGCUUUGUUUGCAUUCCGCUUAUAUUUGGAUUACUCACUUCGGAGAUGUUAGUUAGUUGUAAUUAUUGAACUUGUUGUGUACAAUUCACUAGUUAGUUGUUAGAUUUCUUUCCAAAAUAAUUUGUAGUUGUGAAUGGUUUUACUUUUUGUUUGUUGCUAUGUUU